AUGGAAGGGCAAUUAUACCUUAAAACCAGUGAAACCAAUCUUGGUGUCAUAAGACAAUUAUUCCUUUCAGCGACGAAGCCAGCUAUAAUGGCUGAAACAAUGGAUCCCUUAGCACCAAGUGUAAACAAUUCUAGCCUUACUCCGAGCCUUAUGAAUAAAUUAAGAAUGAGAUUCAGCAGCGGGUCUACGCCAAGACCAUUGGGGGAUGGAUAUGUGGAAUUUGGUGAAUUCAGAUCGCAGGCCCCUGGUAUUAAAAAGGUGGGCACUUUUGCCGGAGUAUUCUGUCCUGUGGUGUUAUCAAUGUUCAGUGCACUAAUUUUUAUACGAAUGGGCUAUUUGGUAGGUAAUGCCGGAACUCUAGUCACAUUAGCACAAUUCGGUAUGGCUUACUUGAUAGUUGGGUUUACUGUGAUGUCUAUCUGUGCUAUAUCUACUAAUGGUGCUGUGGAAGGAGGGGGGGUGUACUUUAUGAUAAGCAGAACAUUGGGUCCCGAGUUCGGUGGGGCAAUAGGGACGUUGUUUUUCUUUGCAAAUGUCGUCUCUAGCGCCCUCUGUAUCUCAGCGUGUACUGAAGCUCUUGUAGAAAAUUUCGGUCCGAAUGGUUACCUGGUCGGCGACAGCCCGGGUCUUCCGAAUGGCGAAUGGUACAGGUUCUUGUAUCGAUCAGUGUUAAACACUGUCGGCUUGAGCGUGUCCUUGGCUGGUGCCUCACUCUUCGCUAGAACCAGCCUCGCCAUUUGGGUCACGAUGGUGGUGUGCCUGGCCAGCGCUUUCUUGAGUUUCUUCAUAACAGCUCCUGGAAAUAUCGAAAGACCAGCCACAAAUCAGCUGGUGAAUAUCACCUCUUUUAAGUACACGGGCUUAAGCAUAUCUACGUUCUAUGAGAAUUUAUACCCGAAGUACGGCAGAGACUACAGUACUGAAGAUGGAGACUUGGUCGAUUUCGCGUCUGUUUUUGGAGUUUUGUUCACUGGGGUGACUGGCGUUAUGGCUGGGGCUAAUAUGAGCGGUGAAUUAAAAUCUCCCUCCCGCAGCAUCCCUCUAGGUACACUGACUGCGUUGCUGUUCACUGGGCUUUCGUACGUUGCGCUUACAUUCCUCACAGCGGCGACGUGCUCUAGAGACUUGUUGCAGAAUAACUAUGUGUAUCUGUUGCCAAUUAACAUCUGGUCUCCGUUCAUUGCUGUUGGUAUGUUGACAGCGACGUUUUCAGCCGGCCUCUCAAAUCUUAUUGGUGCUUCCAGGGUUCUAGAAGCUUUGGCAAAGGAUAAUAUAUUCGGUUUCAUUCUCCGUCCGAUGGUAACUCGUUCUGGGAACCCGGUGCUAGCUGUGAUUAUGUCGUGGUUCUUGGUGCAAAUUGGUAUCAUAUCUGGGUCACUGAACGAUAUUGCUCAGGUGAAUUCAGUUCUCUUUAUGACAAGUUAUUUUGCUAUAAACCUUGCCUGCCUCGGACUGGAUCUUGCGUCUGCGCCUAACUUCAGGCCAACCUUCAAACACUUCUCAUGGUUAACUUCCUUACUUGGUCUGGUCGGAUGUGCUGCACUAAUAUUCGGUUUAAGACCAGCGUAUGCUUGUGGUGUGGCGUUGGCCUGUUGCUCUCUAGUGGUGGCUCUCCAUUUCCUUUCACCAGCCGCCUCGGAACCUAAAUGGGGCAGCCUCAGCCAGGCUCUGAUCUUCCAUCAGGUUCGAAAAUACCUUCUCCUGUUAGAUCCUCGGAGGGAACACGUGAAAUUUUGGAGGCCACAAAUGUUGCUUCUCAUAUCAUCUCCGCGUCAAGCAGCUCCACUUAUUGAUUUUGUCAAUGACCAGAAAAAGGGUGGAUUAUUCGUAUUAGGUCAUGUGAGAGUUGGUGAACUAGAUGGUAGCGGAGACCCACUAGCAUCUGAACACAAAUAUUGGCUGAAACUCAUUGAUCAUCUAAAGGUAAAAGCAUUUGUGGAGCUUUGCUUAGCUGAAUCAGUGCGCAGUGGUGCUGCACAGCUUACUCGGCUAGCUGGGCUCGGCGCUAUGAAACCAGAUACCGUGCUCUUGGGCUUCCGAGACACAGCCACCCCAAAGGACUUCUUUAGAGACCCAACGUCGCCGUAUAAAACGGAACAAUUCGACCUGGAUUCGGGUGAAAUUAUAUUCCCGACACGUACAACGGUGUCCACCCGGAUAUCCGCCUCUGAGUAUGUCCGGAUACUGACGGAUGUGCUGUGCGUCAACAAGAACCUCUGCCUCUGCAGGAACUUUCAUACACUGGACAUGGCGGCUGUUGAGAGACGGUCGUCAAACCUGAAAUUUAUCGACGUGUGGCUGGUGGAGCUGCUGACCCCAUCUCGGGAGGAGGCGUUCAGUGUGCGGGCGCUGUUCGCGUUGCAGCUCGCUGCUGUCGUUCGUUCGGCCAGAGGUUGGCAACAUUUGAGACUGCGAGUCCAUGUCGUGGACGCUACGCCGCUUUACGCUGAUCUAUACCUUGCAGAAUAUGACAGUAUGGAAAGUGCGGUAGAGAGAAGUAACCCGUCUCUAUCUCCCGGAAGACCAGUUCACGAAAGAUUGGAGGAACUACUGAAGCUGCUGAGAAUCAGUGCAACUACACAUACGGUCCCCGAAUGGCCGGCGAUAGAAGACUUUGGACAAUGGUCGGAAGCCAGCUACGAAACUGGUAGUACCUUCAGUAGGGUGCCUAAAAGUUAUUUACAGAGGGUGAACGCAAUAAUAAGGAACCGCUGCAAUGACGGCACAGCAGUGACCUUCGUCCAGUUACCUCAGCCGCCCAAGCUACCGCCCCGCGCCAGCAACGCUGACGAAUCUCUUUGUGAACAGUAUCUUAGCGUGCUAGAUGACUUCACCAAGGACUUGUCACCGACGAUUCUAGUACGCGGACUCAAAUCGGUUACGUCCACUGCCUUAUAA